AUGGUGCACAACAUGGACGAAACACACAAGAGACCGAAGGGUAUCCUGAAGAACCCUAGCUCUCAGAGCAUUCAAACAACACACGAAACUUUGGCCCCACGCGCUCCCUCUACAGAACCCAUGGAUACGAAGGAGCUCACCCUGCAAAAUACCCUACAAAACGCCGGCCGUCGCCGCUCCUCCUCCACCACCCAUCCUGGGACCGCUUCUCGGCGCCAAUCGGUGGCUAGUGUUCAACACGAUGAGAACUCGCCACGGUUGAAAUGGGAUGAGGCAAAUCUUUACCUGACCGAACAGGAAAAAACAGCUAAGAUGAAGAUCGAUGAACCCAAAACACCGUAUGCGCCGCGCUAUGAUCCAAGCCAGGACGAAGAAGAAAUGGAACUUGCAGAAGCUGAAGACAGCUUGAUCGAUGCGCAAGGGGUGGUUGUGGACGAACUUGACAAGACAACCAAAGAUCCUCGGAAAGCAGUUGCUGAAGAUGAGAUUCCUGAUCUCGAGCUAGGAGAGCCGGAGGAGUCGAUCCCUGAUGGUGUUGGGGCCCAAGGCAGCGAUCGCAUCACACGCGCGCGGAGUCUGAGCAAUGAGUCGCACCGGAGCGACAAGCAUGUAGUUAUGGGGGCCAACGAGCCCAAUGGCGAGGCCAGCGCCGAUGCGGAUCACUUGUUGAGUCCCGAAGAGGCCCAGGAGAAGCAUCGCCAAUUUGAGCAGCAAAGGAAAAAGCAUUACGAGAUGCGGAAUAUCAAAGAACUUCUUGCCCAUUCGGUAGAUCUAGAAGAAAUGGACGAGGAUGAGGACGAGGGUGCGAGCAAGAACACUACCCAUGCUAUUCCGCCGCCGAUGCCCCAGAUUUCCCAGAAGUUCUUGAGGGAAGGGAAGUAG